AUGUCGUCAAGACCACCAAAGCCAACAGUCCACAUCGCAUGCAACAGGUGCCGCAGCCAAAAGCUUCGUUGUCUCCGGAUCGAGUCGCACCCGACCUUCUCCUGCAUCCGCUGUGUGCGCUGCAACGCCGAGUGCCUCACCCGGCCCUCCAAGCGAUCAGGCCGUCCCAAGAAGUCAGCCAGCACCGCUCCACGCCUCCUGGCUGAUCCGAGCGAGGUGAUGCCGCCGACCGCCGUCGAGGGCUGCUGGUACGAUUUCGACCUGCUCGCUGUUGAUACGCGCGAGCUGUCCUCGUCGUCGUCGUCGUCCGGCUGGCCGCCCGUCGAUGCUGACGAAGCCUAUCUUCACGAGACGUCUAUGUUCGGGGGAGGGAGCGAGGCGUGUACCAUCAUGUACUCCUCCCCAGACGAGGUUGCGAGUCCUCCCGGACGGGGCGGCUCCAUGGACAGCAGCGCUCCGUGCAACCCGGUUCCGGAACCGUCGCCCGAGCGGGCGCACUCCCUUGUUGACUACGAGUCUCGCGUGUUUGCCUUGCAGCGCGACCUCUCGAGUCUCUUGGCUAUGCUAGAGUCGGCGCCGUGGGUCAUGGCCGAAGAUCUGCGGCUGACGUGCGCCCACGACUCCCGGCAUGGUCUGUCGGAUGUGUGUCAGAUCGGCUUCAGGUCGAAUCCUUUGGCGGUCAUUACGCAGAAGUCAGGGAGUCCAGCAGCCAGUCCGGACUCGCCGCCAUCGGCAAAUCCUCGCCGGGCAGUCCCUGAUCUCCUAGGUAUCCUGGCCUGCCACCUGCUCGUCGUCUCCAUCUAUGACUGCGUUAUCCACCAUUUCUUGACUCAACAUCACGCCGACACCCUGGCUUCCAGUCCCCAGCUUCGGCUAGGUGGCAUCGCCAUCCCGUUCGAGCCCAAUCUACUGGGAAACAGCCUGUUCCGCGUGGUGGAGGGCCAGCUUCGACCGAUCGAGGUUCUGCUGGGUCUCCCAGAUGAGUUUUGUGUCGCUGGAAAUUCGGGAUCGUGCGGUGAAGAGAUGGGUUGCGGGGUGUUUAGUAGCCCGGGAAACGAGGCGCUUUUCAUGGCGCUCAUGCAAGUCGAAGCGGAGACCGGGGCCAUGGGGGUCAUAGAGUCGCUGAAAAAUAACAUGCGUGUCCAGACUUUCAAUUGA